UUGCAGAAAUGUCAAUGUGAACGGAGAGAAAUAGCAAUGCUUUAGAAGAUUUGCUUCUUUCUUUGCUUGGUCUUUUCUAUUUUUUCUGUGCUUGCAGUCAAAUUCAGUCUCUUAAUUCACUUGCCUCCUGUUCUUUUCAUUGCCUUGAUUUCAUCGUUUUAUACACGCCAUUUUGUUCAUUUCUUUCUCCUUCUAUUCUUAGGUGUGAAUUUGUGUACUCGUGGUUAUACAAUAUUUUUCAAACCUUAAUCCGUGUUUCUUUUACUGUUUCUUGUCUGGGUUUUCACUUUUAAUCGCUUGUACGGCUGUUCCCAUGUUGUGACAAAAUUCAAUCUCUGUGCCUUCAGGCUAUUCUAUUUUUUCUUUUUUUUCCCUUACGUUCUUAUCUGGCUUCUCUUUUGUUCACACCAUCUCUAGAAUUGACGUUUUAUUUAUUUGCUUGUAUGCUUCAUUUAUUAUAUGGUUUACUUUUCCUUCUUCAUUUUCUCACUGCUUGGCAUCUAGACUUUUCUGGUUCCAUUUUCUUUCUCUGGUUUCAUCGUACUUUCACUCGUUUCUUGUUCAAACUUCAGUUUCUCUUCGUGGGUUCUUUAUCUAUCUUCGAGGAUAGUUUAAAUGUGAGGAAAAGAUUGCAGUUUGAUACAACAAUUUUGACGAUAACUGCAAGAGUUUCAUUUUGGUCAUAUAAAACUUAGAAAUGAAGUGUUUUUCUAUCUUCACCAAGGACAAAUCAAAGAACAAGAAAGGAGUAUCAAGUUCUGCUCCUGAGUUGAGGAAUCAAAGUCAAUCGGAUAAUUCAGCCUUGACUCGGACAUCAAGAUCUAUGCCAUCACCAAGGAGCAUACCAGAAUUGUACAAAGAAAAGGAGCAUAAUUUGAGAGUCUUCUCUUUACAAGAACUGAGGGAUGCAACAAAUGGUUUCAAUCGGAUGUUAAAGAUCGGACAGGGUGGCUUUGGGAGUGUUUAUAAGGGCACAAUUACGCCUCACAGUGGUCGAGGUGAUCCCAUAGUUGUUGCUAUCAAGAAGCUCAACACUCAGGGUUUACAGGGUCAUAAGGAAUGGCUUGCGGAGGUUCAAUUUCUUGGUGUCGUCAAUCAUCCAAACCUAGUAAAACUUUUAGGAUAUUGUUCUGUAGAUGGCGAAAGAGGGAUCCAGAGACUGCUGGUGUAUGAAUUCAUGCCUAACCGGAGCUUAGAAGAUCAUCUUUUUAAAAGGACAUCCACCCUGCCUUGGAAAACAAGAUUAGAGAUUAUGCUUGGUGCAGCAGAAGGACUGGCUUAUCUACAUGAGGGAUUGGAAGUCAAGGUGAUAUAUCGAGAUUUCAAAUCCUCAAAUGUGCUCUUGGAUGAAAAUUUGAAGCCAAAGCUCUCAGACUUUGGGCUUGCACGGGAAGGGCCAACUGGUGAUCGUACUCAUGUAUCCACAGCGGUGGUUGGAACCUAUGGAUAUGCCGCCCCGGAAUAUGUUGAAACAGGUCAUCUCACAAUCCAAAGUGAUAUAUGGACUUUUGGGGUGGUACUCUAUGAGAUCCUCACAGGGAGGCGAGCGGUGGACAGAAACCGCCCAACAUUGGAGCAGAAGCUUCUAGACUGGGUGAAACAGUUCCCUCCUGACAGUAAACGAUUCAGCAUGAUAAUAGACCCUGGACUUAGAAAUAAUUAUUCAUUCAGUGCAGCACAAAAAGUUGGAAAGUUGGCUACUAGCUGCCUAAACAAAAAUGCCAAGGAAAGACCAACAAUGAGUCAAGUGGUUGAGAGCUUGAAGCAAGCAAUACAAGAAUCAGAAGAGGGAAGCUCUUCGGUCAAUCAGUCUUCUGUUGCAUCUUCAUCUAGAACAGGCAGACGAAGCUCGAGUAAGGUUUGAACUAUGAAUUCCUGGAUAUGAACGCCGCCAUUGUUGAUUCCUUGAGGUAUGCAGCUCAAGUUUUAUCCAAAGGUGAAUUCAAGGAUGAAGGAUCCCCCUAGGACAACUCAAAUUUGCAAAUCUUUGGUCUUAGCAUAAAUUUUUUUUACUACUUUUGAACUACAAUUCAUGGUUGGAAGAGCGGCAAGAUUUUAGAAUGAGGAAUGCUUGUAAAUUAGAGUGGCGAUUGUAAGUUGUUAUGCAUUAAAUUUAUGUAUAAAUUUCGUUGUUGAUGAAAAAGAUGAAGGAUUUCUUUUCCCCUUUUGAAAGACAAAAUA